AUGGGAAAGGUGUGCCGCGUCGCCCCUAUACCUGUUGGCGACGGGAGGAUUUUUGAAGACGGGACGAUGGCGAAGAGCGGCGGGGCGGGGCGCGGGGAUGCUAACAGCGCGGACGGCGUGCAUUCACCUCUGACCCGCGCGCGGGGCGAGCGGCGCUCAAGGUCGGUGCCUCGCCUGAAGGUCGCUGGUCACGUGACGAAGGGUGCUCACCCCCUCGCGUCCGCCUCUCGUGUCUUACUC